AUGGCUCUCUGCAUCUCCUGCUACACAACAGGCCUGUGGCAGUGCCAUGGCCUACGCAACACCAGCAGCUUCGCGAAUUCGUCGGAACAUCGCAAAUACGUGGAUGAUGUGCUCAAAGAGGAGCUUGGCCCUAUGGAUGUCGGGCUCCGCGACUUCCACGACACAUACUUCAAAGAGGUGGCCGACCUGGAAACAGCAUCUGAGCCAUUCUUCGCGGAGUCCCAAGCAGACAACAACCCACGCUUUGAUAAUGGCUGGAGUGGAUGGUCCGAAGAUGCAAAGCAGGAAGAUGUGCUGCGGUGGUUCUCGGACUUCACCGGAAAUCUGGCGGCAUUUGCGGAGCGCAGAAAAUCAGUACCGACUAAACGAAGACCCCUGGCGAAACCUAACGAACCGAUUGACGGCUCUGUAGGGACAUGA